CAUCACGUGCCAUCUCUCUCUCUCUCUCGGUCUCUCUCUCUCUCUCGGUCUCUCGCGCGCGUGUUGUGGGAAGAUGGUUAAACCACAUUGACUGCGGAGCAGGACACAUGUUCUCCGCGCCACACACUGAUGGCAAGCGCAUUAUUUGGCGUUCAAAACAAAUGUUCCUUUUUCAAUUUAGAGUUAGAGACUGGAAGUUCAAACUAUUGCCAAAUACUUCUGAAGGAUUUUACUUGACAACAUACUGGUGUCCAGUUCUUCAGGCGUUUCCAACAGAGGACAUGUAUGACCACUAGUCAUCUUUUGUUUUCCACCUCCCUUGCUUUGAGGAGGAGUGCUCCUGGACGUUCAUGUACAGGCCUGACUGAAAAUGAACGAAAGGAUAGAGUCAAACUUCUCAUUUCCAGAUGAUGAUAACUGGACUUAUCCCAACGGCUCACGGGAGCACUUCGCGCCAAGAAAUAAUGUCACCUAUGUUGGAUAUUACCUCCACCAACCGGGCACCGCGGCGGUCUUCGUCAUCUCUUACCUGCUCAUCUUUCUCGUCUGCAUGGUGGGCAACGGAGUUGUUUGCUUUAUCGUGCUCAGGAGUAAGAACAUGCGCACAGUCACCAACCUUUUCAUUCUCAACCUCGCCAUCAGUGACCUUCUGGUUGGAAUAUUCUGCAUGCCAACUACACUUCUUGACAACAUCAUCACAGGUUGGCCAUUUGGAAGCCUGGUGUGCAAAAUGAGCGGCAUGGUCCAAGGAAUCUCAGUGUCAGCAUCUGUCUUUACGCUGGUGGCCAUCGCUGUGGACAGGUUUCGGUGCAUCGUCUACCCCUUCAAGCAGAAGCUGACGAUAUCCACCGCCACCCUCAUCAUCGUCAUCAUCUGGGUGCUGGCCAUAUCCAUCAUGUGCCCGUCGGGCGUCAUGCUCCAGGUAACCAAAGAACAGACCAUCCGCAUCUACCUGGGCGACGGCAACCGAACCAGCCCCUUCUACUGGUGUCGCGAGAACUGGCCCAACCAGGAGAUGAGGAAGAUCUACACCACGGUGCUCUUUGCCAACAUCUACCUGGCGCCCUUGUCCCUCAUCGUCAUCAUGUACGCCCGCAUCGGCAUCACCCUCUUCAAGACGGCCGUGCAGACCAGCGACAAGCCCGGCAACGGGCACGACAACCGGCACGCCAUGUCCAAGAAGAAGCAGCGGGUCAUCAAGAUGCUGCUGGUGGUGGCCCUGCUCUUCAUCCUCUCCUGGCUACCCCUCUGGACGCUCAUGAUGCUGACGGACUACGCCAGCCUAUCCGAGUACCAGUAUCGGGUCAUCAACAUCUACAUCUACCCCUUCGCCCACUGGCUGGCCUUCUUCAACAGCAGUGUCAACCCCAUCAUCUACGGCUUCUUCAACGAGAACUUCCGCCGCGGCUUCCAGGCCGUCUUCAAGUUCCAGUUGUGCGUGGGCCGCGUCGGGGGUGGUGGCGGAGAUGUCAGCGGUGGCGGUGGCGGGCACCGACGCAGGACGUACUCGCACCGUUUCCAGGGCAACUUGGUGCUGCCGGCCAAUCCGCAGCCGUCCACAGAGCCCAUCUCUCUGAACAGCCUGGAGAACAACAGCUCGCGGCGGGCCAACCAGGUGAACGAGCAGGACUUGAUCAUGGAGGACCUGGAGAAGGCUUCUCAGAGCAGUGAUAAAGAUGGCGCAUCCCUCUGAGGCGGGGGGGAUGGGACCCCUACAGGCCGGGCAUGCUAAGUGCAAUCAUAUUGCAGCUAUUGGUAUUACAUAUCUUACAUGGAACUUUACUUGUUCUGUCGUGUGUGUGUGUGUGUGUGUAGUGGUUGUGUCGUAUUACUCAUGAACCCAAUAUUGUUAUUGACUCAUUACUCCAAAGAAUGUCGGAUCAAGGAUAAUAAGUCAAGUGGAAACUACUUUUGUUCUACAGUACUACUACUGAAAACAACCUACAGUAGGUCUUGAUAUAAAAAAAAUACGGGUGGGGGAGGUUGUGUGGCUGUUUUGAAAUUUCACAUUACGUAUUUGUACAGCUAAGGUAGGAGGGUGAGCUAGCAGUGUUUUUUUACUACCUGUCAUUGAAGCACGGGAGAGAUCUCUGUAAUGCCUGGAAAAUGACCCGUAUUAUAUCAGAUCCCAACAGGAUUGAGCAUCCUCAUGUGAAAUGCAUGAGACUCGCAAGAGGAAGGGCCCACUAAAUGGAAAGUAAAGUGCAAUUAGUGUCUGCAUUAGCACAACUACAUUUAUAUGGUAUGAAUAAAUCUACGGGGACAUCAGUUAGUAAAUGUCAAGCCGUUGCCUCUAUGUGAACUCUCUCUUUCUCUCUAUCUGUUUUCCUCUCUCUCUCUCUCUCUCGCUCUCUUUCUCUCUCUCUCUCUCUGUCUUAAUGUCAGUACUAGGUGUUAUUUAAUACUGAAAACAGGGUAUCGAUGUCUUGUACUUCUUUUUUAUAUUUUUCAAGUGGAAUGUUAAAGUGCAAAAUAAAACAUCUUAAAUGCCUACCAAUGGAUAAAAAUAAAAAAAAUAUUCAUCUUAAAA